UAAAAGAAAUUUUCAAAAUUUUCCUUGGAGCUGAAAAGGAACAGUAGCUCCGCCGAGGUGCCAGUCUGCCCGUCCCGACGCCCAACUACGUGCCGCCCUGUCAGCAGGUGUUACUACCCACAUUCAGUACAAGUUUCACGGUGAUGGCAUGACUCACAUUAUGAAGAUUACCUAAAACUUCAUCGGCUAUAAAAUUAACAAUCUGUUUGAUCUACUUUCUGCUACAUUAAGACCAUUUCCAUGGCUUCCAGAUCCCAGAGUAACGGACACAGCUUCUGCUUGGAGCCCGAAUUCAAACAAGAAGAGGGAAAUAAGUCCCCAGGCAUUGAGAAGGAUGAUGAAAUUGAAGAUUCAGUUGAAUCAUCCCCUAAUCGAGACAUGACCACAUAUUCUCAGCAUUACUUCGGAAGUAUCAAAGAUGGUUUCUCCAUCAGCAUCAUUGAGAAUAUGAAAGAAGAGUAUGGACUAUUUGUGUGGCCUUCAAGUGUGAUUUUGGCCGAGUACGUUUGGCAACAGAAAUCACGGUUUUCUGGGGUUAAUGUUGUUGAGCUGGGUGCUGGAACUUCAUUGCCUGGACUAAUUGCUUCUAAAGUGGGCGCGGAUGUCACACUGACUGAUGACCUUAGCAAAGCAGAGGUUUUGAGUAACAUGAGACGUGUUUGCAACAUAAAUGACAUCAAAUGCAAGGUUAUGGGAGUGACGUGGGGCGUAUUUGAAUCUCCGAUCUUCACUCUGCAUCCUAAAAUCAUUCUUGGAGCUGAUGUGCUCUACGACACAAGUGGCUUCGAUGAUCUAUUUUUGACUGUAACAUUUUUGCUCCAGAAAUGCCCAGAUUCGGUUUUCAUCACCACCUAUCACAACAGAAGUGGGCAUCACCUUAUUGAGUUCUUGAUGGAGAAAUGGCGUCUGAAGUGUACAAAGCUGCUCGACGGCUUCUCCUCCUUCCUGCCUCCUCACAAGGCGUCGAAGCUGAGUGGAGACAUUCAGUUGGCUGAGAUUGUUUUGGAUGAAACGAGUCUCCGGUGACCAACAAUUUCCGCAUGGUUAUAUGAGCCUGUGUCUCUUCUGCUCAUUGGCUGUGGCGCGGUUGAGGAUCAAACAACUAGUGACUAUGAGUAUCUUACACUGUCCAGAUCCUCUAUUGGAUCGAUAUAUCUAAGAAUUUUGCAAAUUUGAUUAAAGAAAAUUCAAGAUA